UGGUAUAUGUGCUGGUAGAAACAGAUUCAGAAUAACUGCUAAUAAUUCUAUAUUAGAUUGGAUUAGAUUAGAUUCAACUUUACUGCCAGUGAACAGAGUACAAGUACAAAGCCAACAAAAUGCAGUUAGUAUCUGACCAGAAGUAGCAUAGGUGUAAAGCAUGUCAUCAACAGCGCAAAUUGAAUAUAAAUAAAUAAAUAAAUAAAACAGUACAAAUGGCAUGAUGUGUGUAAAUGAGUCUGGAGACAUGGAUUACAGUAAUAAAGACGAAGUACAGUGCAGUGGACAAAGGUGCACAUGGAAUGAAGGUAGGACUGUGCAAACUGUUUAUAUGAGGCAGUUAGAAACACAAAUAUUGCUCUGUCACUUUAGUAAGUAAUAAAGUUAGAAAGCUGGCAAAGAUGGCCUACCAGUUUGACUGGAUCAGCCUGUGUUUUGGCAGCUGGGGCUCUAACCGGACCAAGCUGGAUAUUUCAGCAUGGGAGAAUUAUGUCGUGACCACAAAUUGUGUAACAAGAGGACUUAACUUGUAUGUUGUGGGAUUAUUAAGACCUCACGGGUUCCUUAUAAUGUGACCAUGAAGACAUUCUGAGGUGUUUUUGAAGACAAUGUUGGUGCAUGUGACUUUGGGACUAAAGCUUAUUUACUAUAAUUCACUUCAGGCCGAUGUCAACACCUCAGAAUGUAAAUGCUACAAGUGAGACUAACUGGCUGGACGAGUUCACAUAUUUUCUCUCACAUGUUGCUCGUGUUUUCUUUCAGAAUUGGCAAAAGUGGUCAGACACAACUUAGCUGCAGACAUACAAGUUCUGUUUAGUGGCUCUGAUUCAGCUGCUACAUUUUAAACGCUUUCACACGGAGAAUACAUGGAGGUGAGAGAUAACCACAUUGGUGGGCAAAAUGAAGUUGCAUCAGGGGAGCGAGAGCCUCAGAUAGAGAAUGUCCUGAAGAGAGUGUCUCUACGUCACUUUAACAGCCUAUGCAAGGAGAAUAUCUUACUCAAUCGUUCCUCUAAUGGUACACAUGCUUCAGGUAGUCAGAUCACGCAGAAUGGAUAUCUGAAAUCAGUGAACCCAUUUAUACAUCAAGAUCAGACUGCAGUCAAUGGACUCAGCUCAACAUCCACGAACCCAUUUACUCAAGGCAAAGACUCCAAUGGAAAUACUGUUUUCAGAGACAACAACAAAGACUUAAUAUUAAGGGAUGGACACAUUAAUGGGUGGUCUUCUACAUCUUCUACACCAUCACUUGAGAAUGACUGGGCUAUUUUCCCACCUACUAAUCUAAGCCAGGAAACAAACCAAAUCACAUUUCCUAAUAAAAAAUGGGACAUAUUCCAAGAUUCACACUCUGCCAAAAUUUCCCCAACUGGAUUAAGCAAUCAGAAAGCAAACAUUUUUGAACCUUUUAAAGAGGAAACCAGUGUCUUCCAGAGAAUGGUGGCCAAUGAGAAAACAUCAAAUGAGAGGGUUUAUCUCCUAGAAUACAUACAAACCAAUCAAAAGAAUGAUGAGCAACCCAUACCUUCUACCACAGCAUCCAAUCAGUUGGAUAUUUUUGAAGACUUACCUAGUUUUUUACCUUCUCAAGUAAUCAGUGAUGACAUUUUCCCAAACACUGCUGCAUCUCAGUCAUUUGAAAGAUAUCACACUCCUGAGUCUAGUGUAAAGAACAGAGUAUUUCAAAAUAUCCAAUUAUUUGAAACCCUAGCAUCUGUCCAGAAUGAUAAUUCUCACUUAUCCAAAAAUUUCUCUAUGAAUAAUGGACAGUUCAAGCCACAGAACAGCCACGUUGACAAAAUGUUCAUGCCUACAGACCUGAGUCAAGGAAUAUUCCAGGAGACUUCCACAUUGCCUUCACCUCUUAAUGCAUCAACAAAUGGAGGACUGUUGUUUAGAAGACUACCCCCCAAACCAGCCCCACGCAGUAAGGCUCCAAAGAAUCAUAAUCAGAGUAUCAACCAUGACAUUAUUUCCACACCUGCUGUAUCUGUACCUGCUGAUCAGAAAGCUGCACAGACUCUGUUUACAUCAACCCUGCCAACUCCCAUAUCCAUACCCAUUGUGCCACGACCUACAACUAAUAUCCAGGACACCAUGCUAGCUGAUGAGAAAAACCAGAGCCAAGUUUAUGAGGACGUUCUUUUCAUUGGCCAGGAGAAGUGUGUAGAGGACUGGCCAGUGGACAGCCCCGAGCUUAGCCCUGACUGGAAACCUGCUGGGAAAUUUAAAUUAAGGAGGGAGUCUUUGAGGAUUUCCCUAGAAUCUGAGGCAGCCCUCAAUGCAAUCUCUCUUGGGAAGAAAUCUGGCAACACAAGAAUGAAGUUGAGGAUCUCUGGAAGAGGAUCAAAGGAUAAAUCAGGAGAUGACCCGAGGGUUCAGCAAAUAGACACAGUUCCCCAAGAGUCAAAGGAAAACUAUCCUGACAGCUUAAAUGGUGCCUAUGGUGAUACUAUGCCUUGGGGGACAAAGUUCCAUGCAUCAGAUGACCAUUUCUUGCCUGAACAAGAAGACCAGAAUGCAAGAAUGAAGAGCAAAUCAGUGAAGAGUAAAAAAACUAAAUUCACAGUUCCUCAUUUGCAAUACCGAGAAUCCAAGAAAAAAACUUUACGUGAAGUUUUUGAAGAUGGAUCACAGUUUGUGCCAGCCUCCAAGAGUGAACUGAUUCAGGAGUCAUAUGAAGAAAGGUCGAGGAACAGUGAAGAGCCAGUGAUGAAAGACUGCAGACCGAAGAAACCACUGAAAUUGAAACCCUCUCUGUCUCACCAACUACCCAAGGAUGCUAUUGAAGAUGAUAUGAAGAAGAUGGAUGGCCUUUCGUUUUUGGAGGAAUCAAAGGAAAACUUGUUUGUAAGAGCUGAGAGGGAAAAUCAUCGUGUCUCUACUGACUUACUUGCAGAGUACCAGCAUGAGCAAUUUUCUCCAAAAUCUUCAGAGAGCAGUGGAAAAAUACAAGAAUUACAAGACUAUCGACCAAAGAAACCUAUUAAAUUCUCAUUUCUUCACUUUUCUCGGAAAGGAUCGAAGAGUACCCUGGAGAAUGAUAUCCCACAGAAAGGUGCUGAUUUGUUUAAAGCCAGUGACAUUCGUGGAUUGGAAAUCAAUCUAUCUGAAGAUUAUAGUGAGAUGAGGAAAUCACCUGUACAAACGGUUUCACCAAUAAUUCGGAGAGACUCAAAGGUCGUAAACGAUGCAGAGAAAGGUGCAGACCUUUUUAAAUCAGGAGACAUUACAGAUGAUGACUGGAUGGAGAAUCAUACCAUGGACUCAAAAACAGAGAAGCUGAAAAAAGCAUGUCUGCCAAGCAGCAAAUCGAAGGCCAAGGACCAAGUGUGCUUUCCUGAAGACAUUGAACCACUAGGUGCUACUUCUGGUGAUUACUACCUUUCAGAAGCAGCUAAGGCUGAGUGGAUGUCUUCCCAGAUGGAUGUGAGGAGAGCAAGAGCAUCGGACGAAGACAAGGAUCUGGAAGGAGUGAAGGAGGAGGAGGAAGGGGAAGGCGACACUGACAGUCUGAUGGAGUGGUGGAACACAGUAGAAUUAUGGGACGAACUGCCACCAGAUGAGGAAAUCAGUGUAAAGGAGGAUGAGACUAAAUCUUUCACUGAGAUUGCUGACAAAGUCCACCGUGGUCUCAGAGUUUUCUAUAAAGUUUUCACCGAGCAAGCCGAAGUCCUGUACCUGUAUGUGCUGCGCCUCUACGCCAUUGGGGAUGAUAUCAGCAACUUCCACCGUCACGCUAAGAUCGCCAACAUCACAGGAGGCACAACCACAGCUGUGGGUGGUGUAGCGGCCAUCGCUGGCCUGGCACUGGCCCCUGUUACACUUGGUGCUUCUCUGAUUGUGUCUGCUGUUGGGCUGGGAGUAGCAACGGCAGGUGGGAUCACAGCAGCUUCGGCCACCAUAUCAGACAAUCUCCAUGACAUGAACGACCGUAAGAAGAUCGAGGUGGUGGUUCAGGACUAUGAGACCCGUUUAGUGGAACUACGGCGCUGUCUGCGCUUUGUGGCUGAAGGUGUGCGCCGAUUGCGCUUCCACCCUCUGCUGCGCCGUAAUAAUUACUACACCGGUGACUGGGAGGUGCGGCGAGCGCUUCAGACCAUCAGCCUGGUCGGAGAACCAGUAGAGCAGGCCGAGAACAUGGUGGAGAUGUCCACAAUGGCCCUGAACAGUGUGUGCAAAGGCAUGGACAAUUACUUUAGCAAGGAUUCGAAGGAGCUGAAGAAGGGCUGCAAGAAGGAGGUGACAAUGCAAGUGAAUAUGUUAGCUAAGCUGCUGCAUGAAGGCUUAGUGAAACUCAACUCCAUACGAGAGCAGCUAAUGGAAGCUACUGGACAAGUUUAGAAUGGGAAAUAGAUAAAUAAAGAAUUAGAACAGCAUAAACUUUGCUUAUUAUCUAAGUGUUAUCUAUGGCUGGUCACAUGCUACACAUAGUGGAAAAGUGUGAUUCAGUUCCUUCUACUAUUGUUUCACAGUUAACAGUAUUGUUUCACAUAUUAACUUAAGAAGAGACCUGUGACUUCCAUGCCUUUGUACCGGAAAGAUAACAUGUCCAAUAUGCAUAUAAAAUAAGAAUGUAAAUGUAAGAAUAUUAAGUGUCUUUUUGCUGUGGAGCCCCUGAUACAAUUUGGAUAAAGCAUAACAUAUAUAAUUGACUUAAACAGCUUCUGUGGUUCUGUUGGUUGGUUUUCUUCUUCUUUGUGUAGUUUAGUUCUUGUUUCAGUAUUCACUUCCACAAUGGGAAAUACCAUUCAUGGUAAACACCAUUCUGGGAUUUAGUUGCUGUAGUCGUCUCAUCUGUAAACCAAAAAGACUGAAAAAAAAAAUUGGGCAGGAACUGAGAGUGCUAAUGCCUUAUGAAAGCUGUACUUGUAUUACUGUUUAGUUUGCUCACAUUUAGCCUAGAGUGCAAUACAAAGUCCUCAAAAUAUAGAACUGACCAGCCAAUGCCACCGCUUCUUUUCUAUUUAGCUGCUUUGGUUUUUAUUUGAAGUUUGCAAAUGUUAUGGCAAAUAAAAUUAAAACUAAUUGUUUAACAUACAUAUUAUUGUAUAACUUUUUAAAAUAUAUGUUAUAAGAAGCAACAAAUAUAAGUUAUUCCUGAGGGAUUGUGGAUAGCCAGUCUUCAUCCUGUUAAUUUUAUCUACAUAAUAUUAAAUACUUUGUUUAUAAUGGCAACUUUGUUAUAUUCUUCAUUCUGACUGGUCAGAAGGUGUUGAUUAUUUUUCUAUGAGAGUGGCUCUGACAAUAGUUCCGACUCUAAUUCAAAUCACAGGUGUAUUUAAAUAUGCUCAUUGUAAUAUGUUAACAUUUCUAUAGUGACUUGAAUGGAGAAUGCUCUGCAAAAUCUAAUGCUAAUAAUAAAAGGAUUAAAAAAUGCA